AUGGAUCUGCACGGUCUUUGUAAAUUAAUAAAUCUCCCCACCAGAAUAACAGCAAACAAACAAUCAGUUAUUGACAACAUAUUUGUAGAUGGCUCGUUGAAUGUGUGCUUGCAAGGAGUGUUGGCCUGUGAUUUGUCUGAUCAUUUGCCGGUCCUCACACAAAUUUCUUUCAGCAAACAAGUAAAAAAAGAAAAACUCAUCGUAGCUCCUUCAACAAAAUUCUUGUUCUCAUCAAAUCGAAUCAGCAACUUAAAUAAACGACUUUGUGAAAUUGAUUGGACCGACGUAUAUGAUUGUUGGGAUGUCGAAAUGGCUUGGGUAAAAUUUGUCGAGCUUUUCAAAUGUUGUAUGAUAAAAUGCUGCCAAGUAAGUAAUAAUAAAAUUAAUAAGAUCAGCAAACAAAAGCCAUGGUUCAAUAGUGAAAAUAAAAAGAUACUGAAAGCUAAAAAUCGAUUGUUUAAAAAAUCCCUUAAAAACCCAAAUGAUGAAAACAAUAAUAAUUAUAAAUCUGCAAAUAAAAUUUAUACAAAAAUAAAAAACAACGCAAAGAAACAGUAUUUCCAUAAUAUUCUAGAAAAUAACAAACAUGAUAUGAAAAAAUCAUGGAAAAUUAUGAAUGAUGUUCUGAGGAGAUCAAAUAACGACUCAAAAAGUAAUAAUAUACAUCUGAAAAGAAAUGGCCAGAUUGUAAAUGAUCCAGAAAAUGCUCUAAAUGAUCACUUUGUUUCUAUCGCCGAGAAACUUAACAAAUUUAAGGGUGUUGGGGUCCAUCGGGCCGAGAACCUCGAUACAUAUUGGCAAGAAUUCCAUCGAGGGAAGGGCGUUCCCAUAUUUUUUCAUUUUCUCGUCCGCUGCCCUGGCUGCGGCCAAACGGCAUUCUUUACUUGUCAGGUUUACAUAUCGUUCGGCAAGGGUGCCAGGGACCGUAACAUCCCACGCCAAACAUCUACGGCUCUCCAAGUUGGAUAUUUUCAAGCACACAGACACGCAGGAACCGCUGCAACAAGCGGUUCCUGCAACAAGCACGAAAUGUCGUUGGUUGCAAAAAACAGUUCCCUGCUGUCACCUGAUCUGACACUGAUCCUUUUGCCUAUUUCCUUAAGAAAUUUAAGGGUGUUGGGGUCCAUCGGGCCGAGAACCUCGAUGCAUAUUGGCAAGAAUUCCAUCGAGGGGAGGGCAUUCCCAUAUUUUUUCAUUUUCUCGUCCGCUGCCCUGGCCGCGGCCAAACCGCAUUCUUUACUUAUAAACUAUCAAGAUCCCUGGGCGCCAUCAACAGAAUCAAAUUCUUUCUACCAAGACGCUCUCUAA